AUGGAAGUCGACACACGACCAAAUCACGAAUUUACACGCCGCUACCAGAAUGAUAUUUUGCAAGAUAAACAGCAGCUUGAUGGCGCUUCAGUAGCUACAGUGCGUAGGUAUUUUAAUGACUGGAUUGCAUCCAACAAUGGCACGUCAGUCGCUGGCGAUGUACGCUUUACUACAUGUAUUAUGCUGGACGCCGAGACCCUGCUUCAACUUGCCGAGGCGCCUCAAGACCUCGGGCUUGACUAUAAUUCGAGCGAAUUCUUCAGGUCGCAGUAUUGGGUGAAGAUGGUGGACGCAAAAUCUGGAUAUGAAGAGGCCUUUCGCGCUCUUCUCUAUGCUGGGGAUGGUCUCGCAGAAUAUUGGUUUCACAGAAAUAGAUCGCGACGAUUGGUUGUCCACAGAAAGAACAGCGAGAACCUGGGAGUUCUGUAUUAUGGCUUUGCACCGUGUGAGUUGACUCCCCAUGAGAAAGCAAUGCAAGAUGCGUUCAAGGCACAUAUGAAGCAGGGGACGGGUAUUAGAGGCGAUCAAAAAAAGAACUGA